AUGCAACAGUGGCUCCUUAUAGCACUAUUGGCAGUCCAACUGAAAUUUCUCCAAGCAUUCAAUAAUAAUGUCAUGUGCUCAGCCAAUAGAUGUUUUUUGGAGUAUAGAGAGUGGGUUAUUCUUUCAACGAACGGAUAUUUUGCUGCUAAAAGAGUAGCCAACUGCAUGGGUUUAGAAGUCGUGUCCAAACUUUUGGGUCACAAGGAUAUGUAUCUAAUCCGCGUCAGCUCUCGGAAGAAAAUAAAUCACUCAAGGCACCUUCGCUGCCUGAGGGGCACUUCUCUGCUUUGGAUGGAAGAACAAAUACCACUGAAACGCGUUAAACGUUCAGCAAACCCCGUUCGUUGGAAUGACCCACUGUACCCAGAAAUGUGGUACAUACUCAGAGGAAUCCAGAAAACAGAUUAUGAUAUGAACGUUCUUGAGGCGUGGAGCCUCGGGUACACUGGUAAAGGGGUAGUGCUCACCAUAAUGGAUGACGGUAUCGACUACAAUCACACUGAUUUGCGACAGAAUUACGAUCCAAAGGCGAGCUAUGACUUGAAUGAUGGUGAUUCGGACCCGAUGCCGAAUAUGAAGGAUAGUAAAAAUAAUAAACAUGGCACUCGCUGCGCCGGACAAAUUGCCGCAGAGGGAAACAACUCUGUUUGCAUGGUUGGCAUCGCUUACAACGCCCGUAUAGGAGGUAUCCGCAUGCUCGAUGGCUACAUUACCGAUCGUCUGGAAUCGGAUACUUUGUCCUUUCGGAAUGAUUACAUUCAAAUCUACUCAGGAAGUUGGGGCCCCGAGGAUAAUGGCAAGUUAUACGAGGGCCCAGGUGUACUCGCACAGUCCGCUUUCCAGCAUGGCGUUGCCUCGGGUCGACACGGAUUCGGUAACAUCUACGUGUGGGCUUCAGGAAACGGGGGAAUACAAGGGGACUCGUGUGCCGCGGACGGGUAUGCCAGCAGCCCCUUUACACUCUCUGUGAGUGGUGUUGGCGAACGCAAUGGACGCCCUUGGUAUCUCGAACAAUGCUCAUCGACUCUGGUGACCACUUAUAGUAGCGGAGCGCAUUCGGAGAAGAUGAUAGUUACACUUGAUCCGCAGCAAAAGUGUACAGAUACGCACACUGGCACUUCAGCCAGUGCUCCCAUGGCUGCUGCCAUCAUUGCCCUGUUGCUGGAGGCGAAUCCCCGUUUAGGUUGGCGUGACGUGCAAUAUGUGACCCUGAUGACUCCAAACCCACACCCAUUCAUUGAUGGCAACUUUACAAGGAAUGCCGUUGGACGACAGUACAGCCAGCUGUAUGGUUACGGUCUCAUGGACGCCGGCAAAAUGGUACGUCUUGGUGAACUAUGGCGCGGGUUGCCACCUCACCAUCGAUGCACCUCCAAAGUAGGAAGCGCCAAACUGUCUCUCUUAGGGUUCUUCAACCAUACGCUCGCCCUUAAUUUCUCCGGCUGCGUUCCACCUCCUCGCCUAGACGGCCAGUCGUAUACGGACUAUUUGCACAGCAGAUCAGAAGACGGAAGUCCUGUGCGAUAUCUGGAACAUGUGCAACUUUACGCGGACAUUGAUUACCAAAGACGUGGUCUACUACAAAUCACUAUGAUUUCCCCCUCAGGCACUGAAACAGUACUGCAGCCCCCUCGUAUUCUCGAUGAACAUUCCGGAAACAUUGGCUUACUUCGUUGGCCGUUGACAACAGUUCAGCUCUGGGGCGAAUCCGCAAUUGGCACAUGGCAUAUCCGCUUGGACAAUAUCGACGGUUUUCACAAAAUUCCAUCUUGGCCUAGACCAGAUUUGGAUACUCUUAGGGGCUACUGGCGUUCCGCGUGGUUCGUCGCAUAUGGGACAGAUGAAUUUCCGAUUCGACUCCGACCACCACGACCUGACAGAUUGCCUCCGAUGGAGUGGUUCGCCCCUUUUGAGCGAUACGUCGUAAAUGACUCUGAUUGGUACGCGGUUUUCACGUGCCAUCUUGAGUGUGCCGCAGGCGGCUGCACUGGACCUGGAGCUGAUCAAUGUCUUGGCGGUUGUCGAAACUUUGCUACACAAACUAGGCAAUGCGUGGCAACUUGUCCACCGGGGACCACACCUUACGGAGCAUUACGUGUCAGUCUGUCGUCUGAUGCAACUGAUGGGAUUGGCAAUCGACUUCGCAGUCAUGUGUCACCCAGUCGUCUUCGGAGCAGCUGGUUGAAGGAAUCUUCCUCUCACGCGACGGGUAAUGUGGUCUGUCAGCCGUGUUGGACGUUGUGUGCUGCUUGCGUACGGCCGCAUACCGAAUAUGACUGUACCGCAUGCUCAAACGAUUACUAUUUGGUCCCAUUGAUCACUCCACAGGUGAACAGAGCCAGAACAGCCCAACUUUUCACUGAUUUGGGUCUGCGCACGGUGGACAGCGAUCCGCCCACCAUGAUCGGCACGUGUCGAGCUGAAUGCCCACCGGGACUAUAUCCAAACAAAACCUCCUUCACAUGCAACCUGUGUAUCAGCCACUGCGCCGAGUGUACUGGGCCGGGUACCGGGGAGUGCACCUCGUGCAAACACGGUUAUCGACUGGUACACGGCCGCUGCGUGGACGCGGUGUCCGUGGAUGGUCGCUGUCCUUCAGGACACUAUGUGAAGCAGUCACAUUGCGUCAGCUGCGAUUCCGCUUGUAUGCACGACGGUUGUCUCCAGCACGGUUUCUGUGUGCAGUGCAAAAGUGGCUACAACUUUCUUUUGAAUGGCACGUGCUCGAAGGCAUGCCCACCCAGUUGGUACGCCGGGUCAGCAAUUCCCAACCCUUAUCCUAUCUCAUCGACCACGCCGUUGACACCAUACGCUUCAACGCUUCGCCCCCGUCGAUGUCAUCCUUGUCCUCCGGGGUGUACAUUAUGCAGUAGCUGGAACAAGUGUUUAUCGUGCCUUUCAGGAUUGGAAUUAAAACACGGCCGAUGCAUCAACUCUGAAACACGUCCCAAUUGCAGUCCGGAAUGCGCCACCUGUUUUCCCGGGCCGCAACAGUGUCUGCGUUGCACACCGCCACACCACCUGGUUGUCGAUGAAUUUGUGAUACAAACUCAAGUCACACCAAGUCCAUACGGUCGUUCUGUUGCGGUCGACGCGCCAAGCAUUGCCCAAGAUUUCUACGUGGUUGGCACACAUUCGUACGCCUGUACCAAAGCGUGUCCUCGUGGUAGCUACCUCACCGGAUCCGGUGAGGAGUCUGUGUGUCGUGCCUGUCCGCAGACAUGCGCCACAUGUCUCGACGAAGCACACUGCUCGAGCUGUCGACCGCCAUUUUAUUUGGAGGAGCAGACUGCAUCAUGUGUAUUGGGUCCAACUUGUCGUCAAACGGAGUACUUUGACACAGACCAGCGGUUGUGUUUUCCGUGUGACGGAACUUGUUCCUCUUGUACUGGCCCACUGGACUCCGACUGCACCAGCUGCUCCGUCCACGGCGCAUCUCCUCGCUGUCUGCAUCCGUUAACGACCAACAUCCCUCAAGUUAGCAUGGUUGAAAUGGGCGAUCCAACCGCCUCUGGCAGCUGCAUUCCCUGCUGUUCUUAUGACGCUGUUCUCCUUAGUCGUACUCCAAGCGAUUGCAUGUUCUGUAUAGCCGACCAACUCACCUGUCUUUCGGGCGUAGAAAUCAGCGCCGGAGAGGGUCUGUGGAUCGACCAAAAGCCAACUUCUCCAGACAGUCAACCCGGUUGGCUCGCUUCAGAACCGUCUAAAUUGGCACUUUUUGCUUUUUUACUAAUAUUUCUUUCUUUUAUAACCUUUUUAAUCUCCAUUCCGCUUACUCGAUUUUGUCGCAAUCGACUAUAUCUCCAAACAUCAGAGACAGCUGCUUGGAGACGUCGCCGUCGGCGAAAGGACGGUUGCUCGAGCUCUCCGGUGAAUGGGGACGGAACGCAGAUUUCUUUGAAGCAAGGUGAUGCGCUUGCCAGAAAAUGUAAUUCUUCGGAGUCCCAUACCAAGCGACCAUUUUGGGACUGCAGGAAACUCACCUCUCUGCCCCAGGACCAUGCUCGUGGGGAAAAUGAUGCAUCUUGUGCGGAUGUCGAUUUGUGCACAACUUAUUCUCCUGAUGAGCUUUGUGACGUUGGGGAAUGCGUUGGUCAUGUUUCCACAGAGAAACCUAGUUGCACUGUGGCGAAUGGUGUACGUGACGACAAGUCUGUGCAAAGCCGAACUUCUCUACCUGUUGCGAGCCCGUACCACUCCGUUGUCUGCACUCCACCUGGCUCUUGCAGCAGUAGAGCGGAAGACACAAAUCGUGAUUUUGGUGCUUCUUUUCUCCCCACUUCUACCCCCGUCACACAAGACCCCCCAGCCUCUCAUCUCUGA